CACAAUUUCUCUGAAAGGAUCUUCUAAUUCUUGUAAAUGAGCUCGCUGCAACUGAUCUAGACUGUGUUGGUUAUUUCACUGGAGAAUGAAAAUGAAGAAAUUUGAUAACAAGAAGUGGUUUACUGUAAGAAGGGGUUGAUUGUGUUUUACCGUAGAGGAGGGUUCCUUUACUCAGUCCAUUGAAACAACUGACUCAAGAGCAACUGCAGUACAUCGAGAGCACUGAGUGUUGUGAUUAUUGCCACUAGAGAACAACUUACGCACCUUGGAUAGAACUCACAAAACUGUUCUACUUCUGUACAGAGCUUUUUGAACAGAUCUUGAUUCUUUAUUAAAGAUCACAAAAUUGGUAAUUCUCAGACUGAUCAGAUUUGCGGUGUGGUUUAGGGUUAGCAACAGACAGCGAGUAAACAGAAAAUCACAGUAUUUUGCUCAUUGAGGACCAUUUCAUUCUAGCCAAAGAUCAGUAUCACCAUCACUACGGAAGUUUUUUUUUCCGUGAAGAAAUUAUAACACAAGUAUAUGGUACUUUGUGUGGCAAUUGAAAGGACAUGGCUGAGUUGGAUGGGAACGACAAGGACAGGAUAUUAGAGGGUGAUGGAACUGUCAAAAAGGUUCGGGAGAAGAGGAAAAAGAAGAAGGCAAAAAAUUCAAACUCUAAUGAUCAUUUGCCAUUUUCAGAGAGGCAAAAUAGUGGAAUUUUGCGACAGGUUUCAAGUAAUAGUAACGGAGAACAACCGAAGCGCGUUCAAUUGGCGCUUGAACCAGUGGCAAGUCGAGAACAAUUGAUUCAAAUCCACGAAGAACUAAAUAGCCCCCAUCCCAUAUCACGAGCAGAAAUCAACCGGGAUGAAAAAGAUUUGAGGAAACUUGCUUUGCAUCUAGCGAUGAGUAAAUCAGAGGAGGGGAAAAACAGCAAAUAUCUACAUCACGAUUAUGUCUUAGUUCAUAGAACAGGUGAUAAUCGAAAUCUGCACGAGAAACUGAGGAAGAAAUUCGAGGCUGAACUUCAUCUACAGGGGUUCAGGGUGGAACGAAAAUACACUUCAAACAAGACAUUUCUGAUAUUGCAUUGUUCAUUUGAGAGACUAUGUGAAGAAGCGGAACAUGUCUCUUUGGAAAUGCCUCUUGCUGGGGUAAGCCAGUCCAUCUCUAUUAAACAGCCAUGCUUAAUAAGUAUGCAUUGUUUGGAAAAACGUUAGCCUUCAGCUGAUUUUAUGAUAAGAGAAGGGGAAGUUAUCACUUGUAAUGAAGGCGGCUAAGAUAAUUAGAUAUCAGGUAGAGGAAGACACACAAAACUGAAAUAGCAAAGCAUCAUUCUAUAGUCUUGAUUAUUAUUCAAAAUUAAGGAUGCUGCAAGUUAUUAAAUUUUUAUCUCUUGUUUGCAGUAUGUUGUUCCAGAGACAUCAAGAAACAGUUUAUGGAAACAAUUUUGGGAUAAUUUUAAAACUGAUGAUGAAGGUAUUUUUGUAACUGAUUAUUUAAAAUUAAGGAUGCCUGGUGAUAUUAUGAAUUUUUUCUGCAUCUGAAAAAUACUUUAAAUUGAGAGAUUAAAUUGAAAAUCAGUUUGCUUCCACUUACAUUGUGAUUAAAAUGAUGCUUGUGUCUUUCUUGCAGUUGAUUUUGUCAGUGCACCAUUCUGUGUUUCAAAAUCUCAAAUUUAUGAGGGAGUAGAAAAUCCAGACACAUUCUUCAGACCAGCUCUUAGAUCACUUUUGGUGGGUAGAAAUCAUCAAUGCAUACUUUGUAGAGUGACAUUAAAUUUCAAGUAAUGUUUCAAUUAAUUUUAUAAAUUUAUUCAAUUGUAUAGGUUCACCAUAUUUUAACAGAUUUAGAUGUCAGAGACAAAGAAAGCAAACGUCUUGGUCAGAAUGCACAAGGUCAACCUUUAUAUUUUGUUCUCACAUUUAUUAGAAGAUCCAGUGAAAAUUUUAUAAGCUGAAAUCUGAUUGAUGAUCCUCUUGAUUGUUGUUAUUCUUUAUGCUGUGUUUAUGAUGGCCCCUCAAGCGUAAGAAACAAUCUAUCAAUGGGCAAUCAAACUGUUAUUAGGUUAUCUAGCUAGUUACAUUGCAUUUGAUAUUUUUUGCUGUGUUCAUUUCACAUCUAAAAUCAUUCAGUGGUUGCUCAAAUUGAAAUCAUUAGUGACAAGUGUUCUAGAUGUUACAAAAAGGAAGAUGAGGAUGUAAUUGCUUUGGGGAAAACUGUUCUAUUUGCCUCAGAUAUAUGCACUGUGCAUAUGGACUGUGCACUGUGUCUGUGCUUAUGGUUCAUGGUCUGUUUUUAGGUCUUGGGUACAUGCUCAUGGAAGAAGCAUACACUGAUGCAUUCAUUCUACAUGAAAAGUCUGAAUAUGAUUCUGAGUUUCCACUGGCUGAUGCUGGUGAUGAUCAUAGUUUUCCACAUGGUCAGGAUAUUGCUGAUCCUCGCAAAGCCCUGCAUGACACAUGGCUCAAGCAUUUCAGAUAUCAGCCUCUCUGGAAAAUAAGGAAUUAUUUUGGAGAAAAAAUCGCCCUCUAUUUUGGCUGGCUUGGUGAGUGACCUGUAGAAAAGUUUUGGGUGAAUUUUGCAGAACCCUUAAAUUUAAUGGCACAGUGAAUAACCUGAUUAUAAAUACAUUAAUAAUUUUGUCUUAUCUUUUAAUUUUUUUUUUACAUUUCAGGUUUGCUUACCAUGUCACUUGUCAUACCCAUGCUACUGGGGUUGGCCAUUUUUCUUUGGGGACUUAGUGUUGCGUAAGUAAUUUUCCAAGUUGAUCAUUAAUAAAAACAGUUUCAUAUGUUAGGUUCUUGUGUUUUAUCCAAGCACCAUAAGGGAUGAUAUAACAAGUAUCAAAUGGUACUAAUGCACACUUUGCCAUAAUGAGAUUGCAAAAAGUUGUGUUAAUACAACAAUUCCUUUUGUGUCCUUGAAGUAAGCUGUAAACUGAACAUGUGUUUAUUUCCGCCAUGAAUAAACUACUUUGUGGGGAAUAUACAGUGUAAAACACACCCACAAUUCUUGCUUAAGGAGGCAGUUUUCAGCAGUGACUUUUAUUUCAAUUUUGUUUUGUGGACUUCUAACCUUGUGCAGCAUGCUUACUUAACAUGUAUGUUUUAUAAUUCCAUUCUUUCUAAAGACCCGUCAUGUCCAUGUAAUCACAGAACUGUACUGCAUGUAUGGAUUAUACAUUUAUCUGCAACUUUGAUUCCUUGAGAGUGAGAUGUAAUCCUAAUUAUUCUCUCUUUGUGUUCCAAUAUUCUAGGUACAUGAAUGACUAACAUAUGAAAAAUAUCUUCAUUUGUCCCACCUGAUUGAUGAUCCUUAUAAAUUAUGGUUACAAAAUUUGACCAGUUGUGAAGGUUCUUUCCAAAUCUUCUUUCCCUUGCAGGAAGAAAAUUAUUUCUGAUAGCUGUUUACCUUGACAUAUUGUCUUCAUGGCACAUGGUCUCCCCUGUUUUACCCAAAAUAUACUGCUUUCUUUGCCUUGCAAUCUGUUGAUCUCUUCCUUACUGUGUGUGCAUGGCUUUGUUUAAGAGUCUUUGACUUACUCAUGGUCAAACUUGAGCUGGAUAGACCUUUCUUCUUCUUUCCCUCAACUAGCACUCUUCAACUCUUUAGAGAUGUACAUAUAACAGAAUUUGGUAGGUGAGUUGUUUACUGGGGUCACCUGUUUGUUUCUUUGUAGUGGAUUGACAUUUUCUUUUACCAUGUUAUUCUUCUCACCUCAAGUUAACUCAUUCUUUUCUUUUGUUUUAAAGAGUUGACUUGAUCUCAGAAAAUCCUUUCUCAAUUGUCUUUGUCAAUUGUUACACUAAAGUUUAAGUUCUUAAUUGAACUUUUACAGAUGUUUGUUCAUGCAUUGUCACUGCCUCAUACUCCUUACAUAGUAUAUCUUUCAUUCUUUACAUGUUAUAAUUGUCAAAAAGUCCUUAAUAAGUACUCUUAUCUGUGCUAGUGGCAGACUUUUCAACAACUUCAAAGGAAUUCAUUCAUAGUCUCAACCCUCUAACCUCUCCUAAUACUGUUAACCAUUGCUCUAAUACUGUUAACCAUUGCUCUAAUAAUGUUAACAAUUGCUCCAAAGUUCAAACCAUUCACUGUUCAUUAUUAAUCAACCAUUUGAGGAAAUUCUCCAAUCACUAAAUGCCUAAGUCUCUUACAGUUUUGAGACUUCAAACAGCAUUGGCUAUUAGUGCUUUUCUUCGCUCAUAUUGAUGUAAACAAAGUUUUUUACACUGAUUGAUCUUGAGAUAUUUAUGACAUUCUCAAUGGCUUUUUGGAAAAUUUUCAAGCAAAUUUGCUGAAGUCAGAAAUUCCUUCUAUUGGUCUUCCCUCUUAAGUCUAUUUGGUUAAUUUUAAAUGGUGUUUAUUCAAAUGUGGCAACCCUUCUCUCCGUUUAUCCUGUAUGGAAAACUAUUUUGGCUUUGGUCAGGAGGACAUGCUGGGUAACAAAUUGUGUAAAUUAGUUUAAUCAGAAGAUGAUCUACAUGUUUCUUUAUCUCUUUGUUAUAGAAUAAGAGAUAAUCCUUUAGGUGAGAAGGAUGAGAAUACAACAUCUACCUCCACCUUAACAGCUUGGGCAAAGAAUGCAUUUGACAAUGAUGCUACACCCUUCUUUGCGUUAAUAAUAUGCUUGUGGGGUAAGUUUCAUUUUGAAACCAUAAUUGUAAGAUAGACUUGGUUUAUUUAAGUGUCAAUGUUUUUAGCAUCUACAUGUAGGUGCCAGCUGGACAUAUCACAGGUAAGUAAAUAAAUCUCGUACAGCUAUAAACGCAACGCAAACCUGAUUUCUUUUUAUAGAGCAUUAAAGGGGUCGAAGUUGAGUCCGCAGCCAUCAAGAAAUAAAUCAAACUGGGUGUCAGAUUGGAAGUUUUGAUGACCAAAUUUCAAUCCGGCACCCUAAAACCUGACACUUUGUUUGUUACUUUGUUUUUGUCUGUAAAUUGUCGUAUCAGUUCUGUGUUCAUAGGCAUGUUUCUCUUUGGCAGGUACAUUCUUUUUGGAGCGAUGGAAACGAACAAAUGCUAGACUAUCAUACCAAUGGGAUGUUGAUACGUUCGAAGAACAGGUACCCUGUAUAUGGAACAAGUUUUGUUCUUCCUUUCCACUGUGAACAUCUUCUAACACCGUCAUUAUGUAAUGUUUUCAGGAGCCAAAUCGCCCACAGUAUUAUGGAACUGUCAUUAAGAAGGUAAGAUUUUCGCACAUCUUCGUUGGGAAAUUAUUGCACCAUGAAAUUAUUACGUCAUGAACUCUUCUUUAAUGGUAAAUUUGUAUGUGUUGUUGUUGUUUUUUUUCAGGACCCAGUAACAGGAGAAGAUAUCUCAGUUUAUCCAGCUUUAAGAAGAUUUUUCAAGAUGAUGGGCUCAUUUGGGGUCAUGCUCUUUAUGGUUCGUUUAUGUUUUCUUCGUCUUUAAUUUUGAGUGGAUGUUCAUUACACUUGAAGUACAUGGACAUUUUUCGCCCCAUAUCCUGUGAAUGAUCUGAGUGACUUUUAACAGUGUGUUUCAAAAGUAAUUUCACCCAGAAACUACACCACAAAGACCUAAUAGCAAUUAUGAAAGUUUAGACAUCAAUAAUCUUCUUGUUCAUCUGUUAACGCGAGAGCUUUGUUUGAUUCCCUUUUCAGAUUUGUUUGGUGUUGGCAAGUGUCGUCGCUGUGAUUAUUUAUCGGGUCAUUGCCAGAGUAGAUUUGUUCCAAAGCAGAGGAGAAGCAGGCCAGCUGAUAGCAAGCGUUACCUCAACAUUCCUCAAUACUGUUUCUAUCAUGAUCAUGGGCAAGGUUUGUAUAUUACAGAUAAAUUAUCUGUGUAAUUUCCUACAGUUUUGUAGCUGAGUGCACGUGUCGCAUGGUAAGGGUGAGUGGUAAUAGCAAAAUCUUCUUCGUGUUUAUUUCAGAUUUAUCAGAAGUUAGCAGUCUACCUUACGGACUGGGGUGAGUCUGAUUUCAGUUAAUACGAAUGAAUUCUUCAAAUUCGACCGUAACUUUGUGAUUCUGUAAAUAAAACUUCUCUGUUUCUUUUCUUUAUAGAAAAUCACCGGACUCAGACUUCAUAUGAAGAUGCGCUUAUCUUAAAGUUGUUUGGAUUUCAGUUCGUGAAUUCAUACACAUCGUUGUUCUACAUAGCUUUCUUUCGUCAGGUACAGCUUUGAAUGGAACUUAAACACCACAUGUCAUUAUUCGUUCCUUUACUAUCGUAAAGGGCCACACUUAAUCUUUCUUAUGUCAUCAAUUGUUUACCCAGGGUACCAAGGAAAGUGGCGUGAUUGGUAAAGGGGAAAACUACAGUGACGAGUGCGGAGAAAACAACGACUGUAUGAGUCUUUUAUCGCUACAAGUCGCCAUGUUAAUGAUCAUGAAACCUCUUCCCAAACUCUUCAGUGAUGUCAUUAAACCGUGAGUAUGAUCAUUGCUAAAAUUUGUAUCUAUACUGAACAUCUUUGUUGUUGAGAAGUCGAUGAAAACGCGAGUGACCAAGUCGCGAUUGGUUUUAAUUUUGCAUCUGAUUAAUUUAGUGAAAUUUUUAGAGACCAAACUGUAGAGCGAGAUAAAAUAAAACCCGUGUAAUCCCAGAAUACUUUCGACGUCCUCAAUGUCAAACUGCUGGUAACCUGCUAACUUUGCCUCUGUAGUUGGUUGGUGAGCCUUUGGAGGAGAAAAUGCUGUAGCAACAGAGUUUCAGUAAGCGGUGAAAUCACAUUCAGUGUAGAAGAUUACUUAGAGAGGGAGAGAAAUAAAGCUGAACUUGGAGAUUUUACACUGUCUGAAUACAACGAGAAAGGUACGUCCAGUCUAGAACUCUGUUGUCUUAUGUACUGCCAUAGAAUUAUUUGCAAGUGAAUUGGUUUCAUAUUCACUAAGAAACCAUGGCACAUUUCCUAUACGUACUCACUGAAUAGUUUUAAUGUAACAAAUAUCAACAUUUAUCCUGUUGAACCACCUUAUUCUAUCUGUCGAAUUCAGUUUUCUCACGGUAAUUAUCGUUACUUUUAUCUUCACAGUGCUACAGUACGGAUUCCUCAUGGUAAGGAUCAAGACUCCUUUGUGAAAUAUCAGCUAAAGUUUUUAAAUUUUUUAUUUGUGUAAAUAUUAAUUUCAACUGCGUCAUCCUUUAAGCUUUUUGCAGCAGCGUUUCCGCUGGCCCCACUGAUUGCACUGUUGACCAAUGCCAUCGACAUGAAAGUGGACGCCAGGAGGUUGCUAUGGACGAACAGGCGGCCAGUAGCCUUCAGGGCAGAAGACAUAGGUUAGUGUAGUAGCAAUCUUCCUGACUGGUUUUAUACCUUUCCGUUUUCUGUGCUCUCCACUAGUUACACAUUCUUUGGCUUGUUUUUUUGUUUUUUUUUUUCCGUGCCAAGACUAGUUCGUACUGAUAGUUUCCGUGUGCUUUACACCGGUUACGAGUAUUGGUUUCAGCUUAUAGCUCAUCUGAGAUUUGUUCUGAAAUUACAACAAAACAAAUCGCUUAUUUUAGGACCUGUGAAUUCUCUGCAACAUUUCCUUUUGUCUCUCCACAAGGCACGUGGUACAGCAUUCUAGAAUUUCUGAACGUGGCUGGCGUGGUUACCAACUCGUUCUUGGUGGCAUUUACGUCAUCGUACGGUCGAUCAUGGGAAGGCGAGCCGUCCAAGACCAACACAACUGAAACCAUAUUCAACAGCACAACAAACACAACCGAACAGGUUAUCAUCGUCACUGAACAUGUUACAGGACUAAGCAGGCUUUGGCUUAUAAUUGGAUUUGAGGUACGACUAUCAUCUCUCUUCUUUUUUUGGUACCGGAGUUAAUUGGAGCAAGGUACUGAUACGCUUAAACUACAAGGCUUAGCUGUGUUGAAAAUUCUCACUUGAAUAAUUUAAUUCUCUUUUCAGCAUAUAGUGUUUACAAUUAAGUUCCUGAUUGCCUACAUUAUACCCGACGUACCUGCCGAUGUUAAGAUGGCUCUGUCAAAGGUAAUAGCUUUAUAGUGACAUAGUUAAGGGUGCAAUGUCCCAAAGUUUUGAUUUGUAUGAAAAUAGUAUGAAACCCUCAAGAUAUGAGUUUUUAAAGGAGAUGGGCACCAAUCAGAUGAGAACAACCCACAAAGAAUGAUGCUUAGGAAUGGAAAAGAAGAAAUAAUACUUGCAUUAGUGAAAUUUGUGAAUUUGAAAAAUCGGGUUAAAUUUUCUGGGGGUGAAAACCGCAACAUAGUUACUUCAUUGCCUCUAACUUCUACUACGCUUCUUCGGUGUGCUUUGUGAAAAAAAGUUCUACGUUGAUAAUCAUUUUGUAUGAUGACUAAAUUAUCUACUCAAUUUUUCACAGGAAAAGUAUCACGUGACCAACAUUCUUGCUAAGGCAGGUAUGCGCAAAGGGCCUGGUAACAAGCUGGCAGAAUCUUUUUCGUCAUACAGAAGUCGCGGGGCUGAAAGUGAACAUACUUCAUCACCUAACUCCACUGAAGUUCACAUGACCGCCAGUGGAAAAAGACUUGAAAAGAAUACCGCUGACAACGGAAAAGUGGAAGUGGUUGUGGAAAGGUCACCGGUGGAGGGUGGUAUGGAGAGAAAUUUCUCCUCCCCAAGAUCCAACCGUCUGAAACCAUUACCUACAAACUAUACGUCUAAACAUGCAAUUAGAACGUGAUUCAUGGCGGGGGUGGGGAGAAAUAAGAAACAAGUUUAAACUCCACGUUAGGUCGUGAAUCUAAAUGGAGAGGAAAGAAGAAACACAACCAAACACGCCUUUUGAAAACAAAUACAUGAGGAGAGAGAAGUAAAGAGCCAAGAGUUCGAUACUGUACAAGACAUUGGGUGCUCCGAGAAGUAAAUAUAUUGUAUAAAAUGAUGAACAAUUGCUCUAGUUAUAUUUAUACAAAAGUUUCAAAAGGUCUAGGGAGGUUACCUUCCGCGCAGGAAUGUUACCGAACCUUAUCGUAAGCUUAUUUUCGUCCAGUUCAGUUUUUAAGUGGGACGGAAGCCUAUUUAUUUUGUUUUAGAGUAUUACAGGAAAAUUUUACCGUCUCAAUGAUUAGAAAAUAGGUUAGCUUUUAAAGUUUCAUACGUACGUUCAUAGAACAACCACACAAUUAUCGUUGUGCGUAACUAAGAUAUUUAUAUUCACUCUCUCGUGGUAACAUUAGGCUGGCAAUAAGGAAGUAAGUAACUUUAUUUGUGUCAAACUUGAAGUAGAAGAGGCGAAGAAAAGAAUCCCUUAA